CCAUUCGAUGAAUCUGUCCAAUGUUCACCGGCGAUUCUGGUUAAUCAAUAAAAUCGAUGGAUCAAAGUAAGGAUAAAAGAGAGAUGACGUUUGUGAAUUUGGCAAUGUCCAAGAUGAAGAUCUAAAUGGCGUUCGUUUUUCAUUUUAGAUCAUAGGCCAGAGUUGCACGCAUGGAUUUUGGUUUAGAGAGAGAAAAAAAUCUGUACUUUCUCGAUUCUCUAUUUACAAAAGUAAAUAUAAAUUUAAGAGGGCAUUAUAGAUAAUUUAUUUGAACUGUGCUAGGCACAAGUUGUGUCAUUCAGCGUUACUCUGUAUAUAAACCCCAGCCUAUUGCAAACACAAACACACUGCAAUCCUUUCAACUUGCAGUUCCUUUCGGUACUCGUAUAAAGAAAAAAUAUAUAUACACAUAUAUUUGAAAAUGAAUACAGAGAGUGUGAUGGAAGAAGAUUUCCAAGAAGAAAUGUGCGAAUCUGGUAUGGUUAUUUCUUCCAAGGAUGCAGAUGCAGAGCUAGACGAUGAUGGCAAACCCAGAAGAACUGGAACUAUGUGGACUGCAAGUGCACAUAUAAUAACAGCAAUUAUAGGAUCAGGAGUUCUAUCACUUGCUUGGGGUAUAGCACAACUUGGAUGGGUAGUCGGUGUCUUCACCCUCUUGUCUUUCUCUUGCAUUACUUAUUAUACUUCUGGUCUUCUUGCUGAUUGUUAUAGAUACCCUAAUCCUGUUACUGGCAAGAGAAAUUACACUUACAGAGACACUGUUAAUGCCUAUUUAGGUGAAAAAAUGCAAAAGACUAGUGGGAUUGUUCAGUGUGUCUUUCUGAGUGGCUCUACUAUCGGUUACACAAUUACAGCAUCUAUAAGCAUGGUGGCUAUUAGAGAAUCCAAUUGUUUCCAUAAGAAAGGGCAUGAAGAUUCUUGCAAAUUUUCAUGUAAUUGGUACAUGCUUGGAUUGGGGAUUACAGAAAUUUUUGUAUCUCAAAUCCCUAAUUUUCACAAGCUCUCUUGGCUUUCCAUUAUUGCUGCUACCAUGUCUUUUGCUUAUGCGUCAAUUGGGCUUGGACUUGCAUUCUCCAAGGUCAUUUCAGGACAAGGAGGAAGAACAACUUUGAGCGGAGUAGAAGUUGGAUUAAAUUUAACAACAGAAGAUAAACUUUGGAGGAUAUUUAGAGCAAUUGGAGAUAUGGCAUUUGCAAGCUCAUAUGCUCCAAUUUUAAUUGAAAUCCAAAAUACACUGAAGUCAUCACCACCAGAAAAUAAAGUGAUGAAGAAAGCAAGUGCAAUAGCUGUUUUUACAUCAACAAGUUUCUAUAUGAUGUGCGGUUGUUUAGGAUAUGCUGCUUUUGGGAACAAUGCUCCAGGCAACAUGUUAACUGGGUUUGGGUUUUAUGAGCCAUUUUGGUUGAUUGACUUGGCCAAUCUCUGCAUUGUGGUGCACCUUUUGGGAGCUUACCAGGUACUAGCCCAGCCAGUAUACAGUACAGUAGAAUCAUGGGCCAGCAAGAAAUGGCCCAACUCCAAAAUUGUAAGCAAAGAAUACCCACUAAGCCUAAGGAUUGGGAAGAAAGAUUGCAAUUUUAGCAUUAAUUUAUUAAGGAUAAUUUGGAGGACAACAUUUGUAGCAAUUGCAACUCUGCUUGCAAUGGCUCUUCCAUUCUUUAAUGACAUACUUGCCCUUCUUGGAGCUGUUUCCUAUUGGCCCAUGACAGUCUAUUUUCCAGUGGAAAUGUGUAUUGCACAAAAAAAGAUUAGACCACAAAGCCUAAGGUGGUUAGGGCUUGAGCUAUUGAACUUAGUUUGCUUUCUUAUUACUAUUGUUGUGGCUUGUAGUGCUAUUCAAGGUUUAAAUCAAGGUCUCAAAACCUACAAGCCCUUCAAGUUCUAAAAGUACCCAUCAAAUUAAUUUCUUCUUGUUACUUUAAUGAACUUGUAAUAGCUUGUUAAUCUAGAUUUGCUACAGUAAUCUUCAAUUUAAUGAUUUUACCUUCUAUAUUUGAGAUACGCA